UUUUUUCAGUUUUCUUUUCAUUCUCCCAUAUCACAAGAAUGUCUCUCAGUGGCGGCGCCGUCUUUGUUCUGAUAGUGCUCGGCAGCAUUGCGCUGUACAUCAUCGGCGGCAUGUCGUACCGGCGCUGCGUUGUUGGCGCGCGUGGCAAGGAAAUGUUCCCCAAUCUGCCCUUCUGGCGCAAAGUCGGCUCGUUCAUCAAGGAAGGGUUUGAAUAUACACUGCUGUGUAUCGCAAACCGCCACAAGGAAGCGGCGGUGCGCUAUCACGGGCUGGACGACGAGGAAAACCACCUGCCUGGCCUUGACGACGAGAACGACUAUGACGCCGACAAUGCUGAAAUCCGCGCUCGACCCAUCCCCUCGAGCCUACCUGCACCUUCGCCAGCUGCGUCAGUCGGUGUGCGCCAACCCUCGCAAGCACCGAGCUUGCCCGUCCCCGCCGCCACCGCCGCCGCCGCCGCCGCCCCGUCUGUCCCACCAGCAACGAGCGCGGCGCUCAAUUCGACUCGCGGAUUUGAUGUCGGCGACGAUGACGACGACGAAAAGCUCGUCAGUUUCUAGAUCUAACGUACUCGGUUGAUCUGUAUCAGCAAUUGUGAUUUUCUUUCUGCCUGUAUUUUCCAUUGUUUCUUUUAUUUUUUUUCCUUUUCAGCUUGUGGGUGUCUGUGCUCUCUUCAUGGCACGUUCUUCUUGUUGUAUUGCUUGUGAACGCUUCAGUGGUGACCAACAAGGGUUGUUCGUUGAUUGCAGAUCGAUAAUCGAUAAAGUACAGUAAAUGUACAUCUUCA